AUGUCUGACGCUAAGCAACCCAUCUGGCUCCGUUGCGAGAAGAAGCCCUUCGAGCACCGCUCCGCCCUCACCCCCACCACCGCCAAGACCCUUCUCGACAACGGCUUCGACGUCUACGUUGAGCGCGACCCCCAGCGUAUCUUCGACGACGAGGAGUUCGAGAAGGUUGGCUGCAAGAUCGUUGAGCACAACUCGUGGCCCCAGGCCCCGGUUGAGAUCCCCAUCAUCGGCCUGAAGGAGCUCCCCGAGUCGACCGAACCCCUUCCUCACACCCACAUCCAGUUCGCCCACUGCUACAAGCAGCAGGGAGGCUGGAACGACGUUCUCCGUCGCUUCGCCCAGGGCAAGGGCACUCUCUACGACCUCGAGUUCCUCGAGGACCCCGAGACCAAGCGCCGUGUCGCUGCCUUCGGUUUCCACGCUGGCUUUGCUGGUGCUGCCGCCGGAUGCCUCGCCUACGCCGCCCAGGAGGAGGACGGAGGCAAGGGUGUCCUCAAGGGCCUCAAGCCCUACCCCAACGAGACUGCCAUGGUCAACCAGUGCCGUGAGGCAAUUGAGAACACCAAGGGCGGUCUCGAGAACGUCAAGGUUCUCGUGAUCGGCGCUCUCGGCCGUUGCGGUUCGGGAGCCGUUGACCUCUUCCGCAAGGUCGGAAUCAAGGAGGAGAACAUUGUCAAGUGGGACAUGGCCGAGACCGCGAAGGGCGGACCUUUCCAGGAGAUCCUCGACGUUGACAUCUUCGUCAACUGCAUCUACCUCUCGCAGCCCAUCCCCAAGUUCAUCACCUCCGAGUUCAUGGCUGAGGCCGGUGAGGGCCGCCGCCUCUCUGUCAUUGUUGACGUUUCUUGCGACACCACCAACCCCCACAACCCCAUCCCCGUCUACUCGAUUAACACCACCUUCCCCGAGCCCACGGUCGAGGUCGACACCAAGGGUGUUGGCAAGCGCUGCACCGUCAUCUCGAUCGACCACCUUCCGACGCUCCUUCCCCGCGAGUCCUCGGAGCAGUUCUCUACUGACCUCCUCCCCUCGCUCCUCCAGUUCCCCCAGCGUGCCACCGCGCCCGUCUGGACCAACGCCGAGAAGCUCUUCAAGACCAAGCUUGAGGAGGCUCGCCAGGAGGACGAGCGCCUCGGCGUCAAGGCUUAA